AUGUCCUCCACUCCUCCUGAUCCUGCUAGUCUAAGUAGUACUCCUCCUUCUCCCACAUCUACUGAAAGCCGUCAACCCGACCCAGGCACUACAUGGAGCGCAAAUGAACCCUCUCAAGCACUUUUCUACUUGGCAAUAGUUAUCGGUGUUUUCAUUGCCGUUCUAUUUGUGUUCUUCUCCCUUCGUUAUUUUGUCAGGGCUAAGAUUGGAGUUCUUUUUUCUGGCUCUUCAAAUUCGGAUUUGCGUGAAUUAACUGAAGUUCAUCAUAAUGUAUUCGAUCCAGCAUAUCCAAUAAGAGAUGUGGUACCAUUUGGUAGAUUUGGUUUUGCUUUCCCAACUAUUGAUACACAUCUGCUGCCCUUGAAGUUCUCGAAAAGAUUUAGAUUAACUACAGAGGAACUAGAUUAUCUCUUCCCCGAAAGAACUUAUAGUGACUGGUUGAACGGUGGCGCAGAAAGAGACGCCCUUGACCGUGAUAUUCACAUUAAGAUAAAGUACUGCGACUCAAAUUCACAAGAUGGAGCUUUAAAUGAUGAUAAUAAAGGACAAGCCUCCAAGGAGAAAAGCGUCGUUAGUAAUGUUGAUAUUGAUGAUGUACAAUCCAUUAAAAGUGUCUUAUCAGUCCAUCAACCCCCAAAAGAAAUACACUAUGAGGAUGAUACUUGCGCAAUCUGCAUUGAUGAGUUCACUCCUAAUGACAUUGUCCGUGGUCUUAUUUGUGGUCACGUAUUCCAUAAAACUUGUGUUGACCCAUGGUUAAGUAAUCGUAAAGCUUGUUGUCCUUUAUGCAAACGUGAUUAUUACCUUAGGAAUCGUAUUAUUAAUGAUGGAGACGGCAGCGGUUCUAAUAAUAGCGGUUCCCACGAUGAAAACGAAAAUAAUGAUCACCGUUUCGAUUUGAUGACUGAAGAAGAGGUUACUAGACUUAGGGAGACCGAAAGAAUCAUGUCUCAAAAUCAUCGUAUUAUGAUUGAACUCCUGGCGCUUGGUCGACCUCUGGCCCGAAACAAUAGUAAUUCCAAUGAUGCUGGUGAUGGUCAGAAUGCUACUGAAGGGACGGCAACGCCUGGCGCUGCAGAACCUGCAAAUGAACUUGCUCUCCGUAAUAUUGAGGCUUAUAACGAAUACUUGAAUCUGUUGCGUCCCCUAUCUGUUCGUGCGACAGAGGCACUUGAGUCGCACCCAGAGCUAGAGGAAAUAGCCAAAGCAAAAGUUGAGAGUCAAUAUUUUACUUGGAGAUUUAGAUUUUUUUGGCGUCUUAUGGGAAUAACUAAGGAUGAUCUUAUUCACAGUGUAAUUGUUUCAAGAUAUGAAGAUAUCUUACAAGAAGAACAGCAAACUCAAAGAGAACAAGAAGAAAAUACUCAGGAAUUAGCAACAGAAGUGCCACCGGGAGACACAGCUUCAAUCGUCCAUAAUCACGUCAUUCCCAUUUCCCCUGAAGCUGGCACUACUGAUGCUGGCAACGGUAUUAUAACUACAACGAAUCCUGAAAAUCACACUGUGACAAUUAACUUCGGUAAUCAAACCCCAGAGGUUAAUGAUUCUGAUUCAGUAGAUAUUGCAGAAAAUCGCCCUGUCCCAUCUGACCCUAAUUCUGAAGCCUUUGAGGGACGACGCACCAUUGUGGAACGCAUGGUAUAA